AUGGCAGACGUUUCGAGAGUCGGUCCCCCUCUUAGUCAAGCCACUGGUUAUGGCAUUAUCCUUGGACUAGGGUUCGCGUUCGCGCUUGGUAUGAUCGCGACGACAUGGGCACUCAAACGUUACCAUAACGAGGUGCAAACAUCCGAGGCAUUCUCGACUGCUGGCAGGACGGUGAAGUCUGGCCUGGUGGCUAGUGCCGUCGUCAGUAGUUGGACCUGGGCAGCCACGUUAUUACAGUCAUCAGGUGUCGCCUACAACUAUGGUGUCUCCGGUCCUUUCUGGUACGCUUCAGGUGCAACAGUCCAAAUCAUUCUCUUUGCAACACUCGCUAUUGAGCUCAAAAGGCGGGCUCCGAAUGCUCAUACCUUUCUCGAGGUUGUCCGAGCUCGAUAUGGCAAAUUCACUCACAUCGUUUUCCUCAUAUUUGGUCUGAUGACCAACAUCCUCGUCACAGCCAUGUUGCUCACUGGCGGUUCUGCUGUAGUGGAGUCGCUUACCGGUGUGCCAACAGCUGCAGCUUGUUUCUUACUGCCUAUUGGCGUAGUGCUCUACACAAUGUUUGGCGGUAUCAAGGCGACCUUUUUGACAGAUUACGUCCACACUGUCAUUAUUCUCGUUAUCAUUCUUCUCUUUGCGUUCACAACAUACGCCACAAGUGAACUCCUUGGCUCCCCCAGCGCUGUAUACAAUGCGUUGGUCGCUGCUUCAGAGGCCCAUCCAGUUGAGGGCAAUGCAGAGGGCAGCUAUUUAACUAUGCACUCUAGGGAGGGAAUCGUGUUUUUCUGCAUCAACAUCGUUGGUAACUUCGGCACCGUCUUCUUGGAUAACGGGUACUAUAACAAAGCCAUCGCUGCGUCACCAGUCGACGCUCUACCUGGCUAUGUUAUGGGUGGCAUUUCCUGGUUCGCCAUACCUUGGCUGUGUGCUACGACUAUGGGCUUGGCAGCUUUGGCACUAGAGAACAAUCCUGUCUUUCCAACUUAUCCUGGACGGAUUCCUGUACACGAGGUCUCAGCAGGUCUGGUCUUGCCUCAUGCGGCGACAGCCCUUCUCGGCAAGGGAGGUGCCUCGGCGACACUCCUACUUAUCUUCAUGGCAGUGACAUCAGCCAUGUCGGCCGAGCUCAUUGCUGUCUCCUCAAUUUUCACCUACGACAUCUACCAGACCUACAUUAAUCCGCAAGCUAGCGGCAGAUUCUUGAUCAGAAUGUCACAUGUUUCUUGUGUGGUGUACUCUAUCAUUAUGGCAGGUUUCUCUACAGGACUCUAUUAUGCAGGCGUCGGCAUGGGCUAUAUUUAUCUCAUGAUGGGUGUUAUAAUCUCAGCAGCCGUCAUACCAGCCACUCUGACACUGACUUGGAAGGGUCAGAAUUGGUACGCGGCUGCAUUCUCACCACUCUUAGGCCUGGUCUGCUCGCUCACUGCUUGGCUGGUCACGGCAAAGAAACAGUGUAAUGCCUUGGACGUCCUAUGUACUGGCUCGAACAACCCUAUGUUGGCAGGCAAUGUCGCUGCACUGCUUUCUCCAAUUGUGUUUGUUCCAGUUCUUACUUACGCCUUCGGGCCUCAGAAUUACGACUGGUUAUCAAUGAAAAACAUCCGUCGAGGAGAUGACAGCGAAAUUGUUCGAAGAAGCAGUGUGGCCAGUGGUGCUGUCGAUCCUGAGCUCGUUCCAGGAUCUGAGCAUCGAACGCAAGCUGUUGAAGAUGCUGAGGUUGCUCACCUUAACAAAGUCGCCAAGAUGGCACGUUAUUUGACCAUCUUCAUGACCAUCGCCUUGCUCGUCCUGUGGCCGAUGCCGAUGUACGGAAGCAAGUACGUCUUUAGCAAAAGAUUCUUUACUGGUUGGGUGGUCGUAGGCAUACUGUGGCUUCUCGUCAGUUGCUUCUGCGUCGGUAUCUUCCCUGUCUGGCAAGGACGAAAGACCGCCGCUCAUACCAUCAAAUCGAUGUAUCUGGAUCUUACUGGAAAGAGGCGACCUCCUAUUCAAGGACGUGUGCAGGAGGUCAACGAAGAGUACAGUGGUACUGUUACUCCUACAGAGAAGUCUGUUGUGGAAGCAACGAAGACUGGAUAA